AUGUUAGCGCCAACUAGGAAGCAGAGAGUAACUGGUAUCAGCCCUGCAUUUAAGAAGAGGAGGCUCAGUGGCAAGGGGGUGUGCGAAUUGGAGGUGGUUGAUGUGAUGCGCUUCUAUUUUGACGACGCCGAGGAAGGCGUCCCUCCGACUUACGUUCAUCAAUCCUUUGACGAGACAGAGUCGUUUGUGUGGCUAAAGUCCCUCACGCCCUUGCUUAUCCGUAUCGAUGUUGAUACCCGAGACCUGAGCGUUGGGAUCAAUUUCGAACAUCCUAAGAUGCCUAAUGACAAGCUUAUGAAGGCGGCUUACAAGCGCCAUUGUGAUACUCUUCUUGCACGCAUGCACACGGCUCGCUUCUCGCCGUUAACACUAAAGCCUUUCUACAGCGGUUGCAAGGCCUUCCGACUGGGGAUGAACGGCAAAGACAAUAGCCUACUGAAGAAACUGAAGGCCAUCCCACGUCCAACGGCGUAUGCCUCGGCCCUGCCAUCAACACUAGAGCUCGUUACUAUACCGGAGUCCCUGUAUGAAUUCUGGCGACGAGCUGAAUGGCUUAUGCUUUGGUUCAUUGACGCCAGUGGCACCAUAGACUUGCCCUCUGCUACGGAUGGAGAUCGGGAGGAGUGUGGUAUCGGCGGCAGAUGGACAUUAUACCUCUUACGCGAUGCCUUAACGCAUCGGAUAAAGACCUGUGCAUCUGUAUAUAGUUUCCCGUUGCUUGUUGAGGAUGGUAAGAGGCGUAUAAGAGUUGCUCAGUUCCUAACCAUGCCGAGCGACCAGAGAAAGGGUUAUGGUGGGAUAGUGUACCAUCAUAUUGCGACAGCAGCUAUGGCGACUGACAACCUCGACGAGAUUACGUUCGAAGACCCGAGUCCGAGCAUGCAGAGCCUGAGGGAGGUCGUUACUCUGGCUCUGUGCUUUGAAGCCUUCCCAGACCUCCUGCCUGAGGAUAAGCGUCGGGAUCCUAUGAUCAUCGCGGCGGUCCUCAAGAUUCCUAUGAGCCUUGCUAGACGUAUUGCUGAACUUGAAUGGUUUGCUGUGAAGCAUUAUCCAUCCGCUUGCUCGCCCAGCAUCGACGAUCUGUGUAGGAAGGAGUCGAAGGCUUUAGGUGCGGAGAGGUUAGCAUACAAGCAGAGGCAGAGGAAAUACUGUGCACCUGACGACUCUGAUUUCCCUGAGGACUUCAUAGAGCUGGGGGCUUCUCAACAGAAAGUAAUCGUGAAGGCGAUCCUUCAAAUGCCUUCCAUGUACUCUGUACGGUGGCUGCACACCGAGGCAUCGCGAGUCGCGAUAGCAUACCCACGGCGCUUGGAUGAUGAUGAUCAUGAUGGUGACCAGAAGGACAAGCUCGAAGGAGCUGUUUGCCAUCCCCUCAAAACUAGCAAGUAUUCGGCAAGAUUCAUGUUUCGUGCUAGGAGCAUUCGGCCACGGCUUGCCUUCACGCCGGACCGUAUUAACGUUGAACGCCCUCUGUUAAAGAGUGAGAUCAAGGGCAACGAAAUCGACCAGGCUUGUGGAAAAAGUCAUUUCAACCAUAAGAAGGUGACAAUCGACGGGCUGUACGAAGUCAUUAGGCUUGCGGAAACGCCUAUAGAGUACGGCACGUGCAUGGUGACGCUGAAUCGGUAUUAUAAUCUUGGAGUAGAUUUGAGAGAUCCCGUGCUCACUACCAAGUUGUUGGCUUGCGCCAUUAAGCUCAAGCGGAAGGAUCAGGCUGUGGAGCUCACGAAGGCAUGGCAAAAGUGGCUGCGAUACCCUCCUAAUCCGAAGCUGCUGCAUGCAUUGAUGGUCGGCCUUAACGCCUUAGAUGAUGCUCAUGCAACCCGCGACAUUUUGGGGGCUAUACGUUCGAAUUGGGCUAUGGAUGUUAGCAGUAUACCGUACGAGAUGGCCAUCGAAGCCUUCUGUGCAUCGGGACAAUCGGACGAGGUUGCCUUGCUCUGGACUGAUGCAGUGGACACUAUGGGUAUAGUAUUGCCCUGUGAAGCCCAUGUCAAUGUCAUGGUGUGUGCUCUUAUGAAUGGGGACGUUGAGCUUGCUAAGGAAGUGGAGCACAAAGGGCUCCCACAAGGAGGUAUGCGCCCACGACCAGCGAGAUGCUUGGCGGCACAAGCCUGGCUGAAGUUCGUGGUGGGAGAUGCGGCUUGGCUACGUCAAGCGGAAGAGGCUAUGAAAGAGGCCAGGAGGAUAGGUAAUCUUGGAAAUCAGCCUAUAUUCCAUCCUGGUUUUGUCAAGUCCCUAUUGAAUGCUGGUGCCGAGGGGAACGAAAACGCUGCGAAAUUUAGUGUCAAAGCGGAGACAGUACUUGGCCGCUUUUAUACUGGCACAACUUCUACGGCUUGA